AUUUCCCAACGGUGCCUUGUUUAAUUUUUUUUUUCUUUUAUUAUUUUUUCCAUCUUUCAGAGACUACCAAAUGGGAUCAGGACCGGUCGAUAAUUAGGGUUUGAAAAUUUGAUUUCAUUGCGAAUUAGGGUUUGUGAUUGACACCUCGUUCUUUGUCUUCGCUCCAUCCAACCCCUGAAAUCCAUCCACUUUUGCUAUUUGUUUCGAUCUCUUGCCAUGGCGGAUGGCUUCUGGAAUCGGCAGCAGGCGCUUCCUCCUUCUUCCGCUAUGUUCAAACGACCUCGUACUGAUUUCGAAAUGUCAGCUUCUGGUCUGACUUCGGGUAAUGAGAUGCAUAAUUAUAUCACUCGAGAUGAUGACCGCCGAAUGAUAAAGGACACAAAAACGCUUGGGUCUGCUUAUGACCGCUACCUUCAGAGUGGAGGGCUUACAUCUUUUAAUUCUGGUGGAGAAGCUAGUACAAUUGGCAAUGUUGGAUUAGGAAGGAGUGUUGGUGGGUUGCCAGGUCCUUCGCUAGCUGAUUCUGCUGUCAUGGGGCGUCCUGGGGGUGGUCCCCCCGAUAUUGCACGAAAUGGAAGGAAUGUCAGUUAUGGUGGUCAGUUAGAUGCAGUUUCCAGGCCUGGACCUGAGACAGUACCGCUACCACCAGAUGCUUCAAGUACUUUAUAUGUUGAAGGUCUUCCGUCUGACAGCACGAGAAGGGAAGUGGCUCAUAUUUUCCGCCCUUUUGUUGGAUAUAGAGAAGUGAGACUUGUGAGCAAAGAAUCCAAACGUCGUGGUGGAGAUCCUUUAAUCCUUUGUUUUGUGGAUUUUGCAAACCCAGCUUGUGCAGCUACUGCUUUGAGUGCCCUGCAAGGUUAUAAAGUGGAUGAGCUCAAUCCUGAGUCCAGUCACUUGCGGCUCCAGUUUUCACGGUUCCCCGGCCCUAGAUCUGGAGUUGGACCUCGCGGCAAGAGGUGAGCUGGUUCACCUAAGGCAUUUAGUUUUUUAUGCUCAUCAUAUUGUCCAUGUCCUUUGUACAUCAUCUUCGCGCGGGUGCGAGAGUGUUCGUUAAAUGCUUGAUGCGUGCGAGUUUGGUUUAGUGUCACCCUCGUGGCUACAAUCGCGACUAGAGUCCUUGACAUGCGCAUAGUAUUAUACUAUUAUUAGAAAGGCCGAGUAAUGAACUCCCAAUUACAUUUGAGCAAAUCUAACAAACAGAUUUUGGGGUGGUCGUAGCCAAAUACCGGUGUUGUAUAAAUAUUGUUAAGUUUAAUCUGAAACAGGAUUUCUUGUUAA